AUGGGUGGAUUUUUUGGUUUGCAGUAUAAAGACUUAGACGUCUCGUUUAACUUCGAAUCAUCUCCAUAUAGAUGCUUCGGUCCCUUUUAUCCGGACGUGACCGGCUCUCUGAAUGUGAGAGUCAUGAAAGACGUUCAUAAUGUUACCGGAAUUAAGUACGGAUUUAAGGGUACUGUUGAUGGAUAUUUCUUUGAAGCCACUGAGGUUUCGGCGGGGGAUUUUUUAAAUACACAAACUACGCAACGGCACACAAUUACAGACACGUAUAAACUCUUUGAACAGCAACAGGAUUUAAAUGCCGAUCCAGGUGCUCAAAAUGCUGUAAUUGGCGGACUUGUCAAGAAGGGAACAGUCAUGAACCAAUCGUUUCACUAUCAUUUCCCAUUUGAGACAACAUAUCUCCCUAGUAGCUGUUCCAACAUUGGUGGAACAGGUGAUAAUCAGGCAUCAAUUGCUGUUGUCUACAGUGUUUAUGUACAAAUACAAUAUCAGGGCCCAAAUGGUUCAAGCUAUCAGCAGCUGGAAUGGCCAAGCUUGUUGGCCUAUCAGGGUGCACCGGAAACAAAGAUCGAUGGUCCUAUUGGUAUGAAGAAUUACGUUAUAAGCAACAAAUUCAAGUCGAAAGUGAAAGAUUUCGUGUAUGAUCGCUCAAAGAAGAUGCUUGUUCCAAGUCCAAUACAGAAAUCGCAUAGGUACACCAAACGUAUACUUGGCUUGUGGAAUGAGAAUUAUCGGAAAGGAGUGUACGAUCAAUUGGCUCAGGAUGUUGAGAUAUCAUGUGUGUUUAGUGUUCCAAAUGCGAUUAAUAUACUAGGUCCUUUUACCAAUGCCGUGGGCCUGAAGUUUAAAGUAGAUGCUGAUGGUGAGCUCGGGACCGAUUUUGCUUUUAACGGACAAAGCACGGGAUUAGGAAAGUUUAAUGUUAAUGAAUUAAAGUUGUCUGACUUCUAUCAGGUCGAUAUGAACGUUUGUGGCAAAGCUUAUACAACACAAAACAUGCAGCCAUUGAUGGCUCUGCGGUUCAAGGAAGGAUCACUUUCUUUUGAUGUCAAGGAUUUCCAAUUCAAUAAAGAAGCCGGUGUUUAUGAGAUUAAUUUAUCAUUAUCGGAUUUUCAAAGAGCCACCACUUCCCCGAUGCUCUGCUAUUUUGCACAGCCUGCAAUGGUUUAUGGACGUGUUGGUAAUAUUUUUCUGUGCCGGUCCAGUGCUGUAUUCGACAUGACACUAUCAAAUGCUUGCAAGCAUGAUAAAAAGAGUAAGGUUUUCACUGCAAGAUCGGAAUCGAUAUUUUACCUGAGGGAUGGAGGUGCACCGCCUCCGUAUAAGAAAUAA